AUGAGUGUGAGGUGGGGGGAAUGGGAUGAUGCAAUGGGAAGGAGAUUGAGCGGGGGUGGAAAGAGUAAUGAGGAGAUGAGGGGUGGGGAGGUGGGGGAUGGGGAGAUGAGGCAUGGGGCGACGAGGGAUGGGGAGAUGAGGGAUGGGGAGAUGACGGAUGGGAAGAUAAUGCUUGGAGAGGGGAGGCAUGGGGAGAUGAGGCAUGGGGAGGUGAGCGACGGGGAGAUGAGGCAUGGGGAGAUGAGGGAUGGGGAGUUGAGUCAUGGGGAGGAGAGGGAUGGGGAGAUGAGGGAUGGGGAGGUGAGGGAUGGGGAGGUGAGGGAUGGGGAGGUGAGGGAUGAGGAGGCGAGGCAAUGGGAGAUGAAGGAUGAGGAGAAUAGGGAUGGGGAAGCGAGGCAUGGGGAGUUGUGGGAUGGGGAGAUGAGGGAUGGGGAGGCGAGGCAUGGGGAGGUGAGGGAUGGGGAGACGAGGGAUGGGGAGGUGAGGGAUGGGGAGGUGAGGGAUGGGGAGGUGAGGGAUGGGGAGGCGAGGCGAUGGGAGAUGAGGGAUGGGGAGAUAAGGCUUGGGGAGGGGAGGCAUGGGGAGAUGAGGGACGGGGUGAUGAGGCAUGGGGAGAUGAGGCAUGGGGACAUGAGGGAUGAGGAGGUGAGGGAUGGGGAGGUGAGGGAUGGGGAGAUGAGGGAUGGGGAGAUGAGGGAUGGGGAGACGAGGGAUGGGGAGGUGAGGGAUGGCGCUGCACCUGAAAAUAAACCGCUGCCUUGUCAUACGGUGCAUGCGCUGACUCCAACUCUAGCCUGA